CGUGGACCCGUAGAUCUCCUGGAGGAUGUUGAGCUGCAGUCUUGGCGGAAGGAACUUUCAGAUCCCAUGGAGGAUGGGGGUCUUGGUAUUGAGGGCAUCCCUUGUGGAAAGGCUCGGGUACGCAACGGCAUUGUUCGUCCUGUUGGUAAAAACUGCUCCUCCAGCGACAGUAUGAUCAGCGAUACGAGCGCAGAUGUCGUCUAUGGACUUACGACCAUUGAGGAGACAAAGAGCUUUGUUCUCGGGAUCAUUCACCUGCUGGUUAUUGUUGCUGGAUCGGCUCUCCGCCUGCCCAUGUUCGAUGAGUACGGCUUCACGCCCCACUACCCACUGAGCCUUUUUGGGCAACCUCCAUUCCGUUCUGAGUAUGAUGAAAGAAGCAGAAGAAUGAAUGGAAGCAGUGUCAGCGGAAUUUCAACAUCUUCUGGUCUGGAUCGUACAAUCGCUGCUCUACCCAAUCAGCGCAUGACCGUAGAGAUGGUUCUCUUUACACGUAUCUGCAGCCGUGUUCGUCAAUCUGUUCUGGGCAAGUAUGACUCCACUUUCCUCGUCGAUCCGCGUGCGGUACCUCUCCUGGAAGAAUUCCAAAAAAAUCUGGAGGAGGCCAGUCGACAGGUCGCCGCUCACAACCGUAUGCGAGAUCUGCACCACAAAUACUUCGCCCUUGAUCCCCUCGUCAUGCCAAAUUAUCCCGGAAUCUGA